AUGGCGCCCGAGCGAUCCCCGUCGAUGGAUUCGCUCUCGUCCGUCUCGACGACCAGCAUCGUCUUCGACCGAAUACAGGAGGAGAUGGAGAAGGGAAAAGUGCCGCGAAAGGCCCGCUCCAGGCUUGGAUACACCGACGUGUACGCUGAGGAUCCCCUCAAGGAAGAAGCCUCCGACGACGCCGAGACCGAGGCCUUCCUGGGCUCAACCGGCGCGGGUCUGCAGCGCCGGCCAAUGGACAGGAAACUGCGCCGUAUCCUCUGGAUCGGCGCCCUCAUCUUCGUUGCUGCCUGGAUUGCGUCGCUCGUCGUCUUCGUCUCUAAUGGAUCGUACAAGCACGCGAGCGAUGUGGAACACGACCCAGAUGCCGACUCUCGAGGCUCCGGCAAGCCUGUCACCUUAGAGCAGCUGUACGAUCGCUACUGGUCGGCCAAGCAAAAGUCCAUCAGCUGGAUUGCAGGUCCUAAUGGCGAAGACGGCUUGCUACUGGAGCGUGGAGCAGAGGGCAAGGAUUAUCUCGUCGUCGAGGACGUUCGGUCAGCCGUGGCCAAGUCUCGCACCCUUAUGAAGGACGCCGAUUUCGUAUACGAUGGCCAGUCCUAUGCGCCCCAAUGGCUGGAACCUAGCCCGGACCAGACAAAGGUCUUGAUUGGUGUUUCUCGGGAGUCAGUCUGGAGACAUUCCUUCACGGCCAUCUACUUUGUUUUCGACGUCGAGACGCAAACCGCCCAGCCGCUCAUCUCAUCGGAUGCGCAAGCUCGAGUUCAGCUUGCAGGCUGGAGCCCCAGGAGUGACUCCGUAUCCUUUACCAGGGAUAACAAUCUCUAUAUCCGCCGCCUCACCGGCGACAAUGAAAUCACCCAGAUCACCAAAGAUGGCGGCCCAGAGUACUUCUAUGGCAUCCCCGAUUGGGUGUACGAAGAGGAGGUGUUUAGUGGAAACUCUGCAACCUGGUGGUCUGAAGACGGACAGUAUCUGGCCUUCCUCCGAACCAACGAGACUGGAGUCCCAGAGUACCCUGUGCAGUUCUUCAUCUCGCGCCCGAGUGGUCACCCUCCUCCCAGUGGCGAAGAAUCCUACCCUGAGGUCCAGCAAAUCAAGUAUCCCAAGGCCGGUGCGCACAACCCUGUUGUAGACCUCCAGUUUUACGAUGUUGCCCACGGCGAUGUGUUCUCGGUCACAACUGGCGACGAGUUUCCAGACGACGAUCGCAUCAUCAAUAGUCUCAUCUGGGCCGGUGACAAUGUUCUCGUUAAACAAACCAAUCGCAUCAGCGAUCAUCUCAAAGUGAUCCUCAUCGAUGUCGGUAAACGCGAGGGCAAAACCAUCAACAGCAUCGAUGUCGACAAGAUUGAUGGUGGCUGGUUCGAGAUCUCUCACUCCAUGACCUACGUCCCCGCAGACCCCGAGAAUGGGCGACCAGAGGAUGGAUAUGUAGAUACCGUCAUACACGACGGUUAUGAGCAUAUCGGAUACUUUACGCCGUUGAACAACUCUGAGCCUAUCAUGCUCACCUCCGGAGAGUGGGAAGUAGAUGAAGCCCCCUCGGCCGUGGAUCUCGUCAACAAUCUCGUAUACUUUGUAGCCACCAAAGAGUCUUCUAUCCAGCGCCACGUGUACUCUGUGAAACUUGAUGGCUCUGAUUUGCAGCCUUUCACAGACAUUUCCGCCGAGGCCUAUUACAGAGCCUCCUUUUCGUCAGGAGCAGGCUACGCUUUACUCACGUAUCGCGGACCCAAGAUCCCCUACCAGAAAGUCGUGUCUACCCCAUCCAACAGCAUCACUUACGACGUUGUUGUCGAAGACAACGCCGAGCUUGCGGACCGUGCCAAGAGACACGAGCUCCCGGUUCUGAAAUAUGGAACGCUUGAUCUCGGUGAUGGAAUCGUCGUCAACUACCUUGAACGUCGUCCCCCGCACUUUGACCCUAAGAAGAAGUACCCCAUUCUCUUCCAGCAGUACUCUGGACCCGGCUCUCAGCAAGUCACCAAGACGUUCGGCGUCGACUUCCAGGCCUACGUUGCCUCCAACCUCGGCUACCUGGUCAUCACCGUAGACCCCAGAGGCACGGGCUUCCUCGGCCGCAAGCACCGAGUGCCAGUCCGCUCGCAACUCGGUGUCCUCGAGGCGCAAGACCACAUCGCGGCCGCCCGCCACUUCGCUUCCCUCGACUACGUCGACGAGACGCGUCUCGCCAUCUGGGGCUGGUCAUACGGCGGCUUCACCACGCUAAAGACGCUCGAGCAGGACGCUGGCCGGACAUUCUCCUACGGCAUGGCCGUGGCGCCUGUCACCGAUUGGAGGUUCUACGAUAGUAUCUACACGGAGCGGUACAUGCGUACACCCCAGGACAAUGACAGGGGAUACUCCCUCUCCAAGGUGUCCAACGCUACGGCCCUUGGCGAGAACAAGCGCUUCUUGCUCAUGCAUGGCGUUGCGGACGACAAUGUGCACUUUCAGAACUCGCUCACGCUCCUGGAUAGCCUGGAUUUGGCCGGCGUGGAAAACUACGACGUGCAUGUUUUCCCUGACAGCGACCAUGGCAUUUACUUUCAUGGCGCAAACCGCAUUGUAUAUGACAAGCUGAAUAACUGGCUUAUCAACGCCUUUAACGGAGAGUGGCUCAAGAUCUCGCAUCCUAAACCCAACGGCAAGAAGCUAUAA